AUGAAUUGGGAAGAUAUGUCCUCUGUCUAUUCCUCACCUCCGCGGUUGCACCUCCGGGCGGCGGCGGCGGCGGUGGAGGCGGCGGCGGAGGCGGAGGAGGUGGAGCAAGAGGAGGAGGAGGUGGUGGAGGCGUUAGUGGUGGCGGUGGAGCCAGAGGAGGCGGCAGCGGCGGAGUCGGAACAGGUGGCGGUGGAAGUAGCGGCGGCGGAACAAGGGGUGGAGGCACCGGCGGCGGUGGCAGUAGCGGCGGUGGAACAAGGGGUGGUGGCAGCGGCGGAGGCUCAACCCGUACAGGUGGCCGUGGUGGAACAGGAGGAGGAGGAGGCGAAGAUGGUGAUGGCGGCGGAGGCGGUGACGGAGGCGGCGGUGGCAGCGGCGGCUCAUCAACGGGUGGCGGAGGUCAAAGCAGCGGCGGGACCACGAGUGUCGUGCGUCCGCUGCCUAAUGGGGGUUCGCGGCGGCCCACUAACAGCAGCCCGUAUACGUCUGUGA